UAUCAGCUACUAUCCGUUCAGGUGCAUUGCAAGAUGCUGGCAAGAUUUCUUGCCCAUUCUGCCAUCGAUUCGUCGUUAAGAAUAAUUUUGCACCUUGUGUUUUCGUGAAAGUAAUCCCCUAAAAGUCAUCUUCAUACGACGUCACCUAGUACGAUGGAGGAGCAACAAGAUCAUUCCGAUACUCCAGUGAAGGAGGAAUUCCAGUGCCAAAUCGAUGGAUGCAAGCAAAGCUUUACCACCGAGCAGCACUGCAAUGUGCACACGAAAAAGAUCGACUUGAGCCUAAACUUGGAGAUGCCGCAGAAGGGUCCGGGGGUCAUCUUCGCCGACCAAACACCCACCCCGACGCGUUUGAUUGGUAAAUGUGAAGAGGUUGGUUUGUUUGAGGACCUGCAGAAGGUGAAUCCGUUUGAUGAGACGUUUCGCCGAGCAGUCGAAUCGGGUGCGAGCAGUGGUUCUUCGCUGUCCGGUGAGCAGACCCCGUUGGCCACCCCUCACACGACGGUCUCGCUCUGUCGAGCUGCUGAUGGGGAAACACUGCAUACACCUCACAUAUUCCCCAGUGGUGUCGAUCGAUCGUCACUUGAUCCCGUUGGUAACGAGUAUCUCGCUGCAAAGCAACGGCAAAAGAAUAAAGCAAUCGGUACGUCUUUGCGAACUAAACAACAGCACCUAGAACAAGCGAUGACUUCUAACAAAAGCUCCAAAAAGACAACCACCAAGCGUAAAACGCCUUCCGUGGUGGAUAUACUACCGAAGCCGUCCGUACAACACAUAUCGCACACAAGCGCAUCGAUUCCAGUCAUCAUCAUUCCGUCCGGCCCUUCGGAUACAAAGCUACCUGCGGAAGGAACAGUUCAUGUGAAGGAGAAGCUAAAGGAACACUUAGCAAAAGUGCGGGAGACGUCGCAAGGACCGAAGGAGAGCUCAUCGGCUAAGAAACGAGCAAAGCACGUGAAGGAUAAGGCGGAAACGCCCAUUAAACCCGCGAAACCGGCUGAUCUCACUAAACCCAUGGACGAGAAAGUCGAUUUAAAGCACGAACGAUGGAAGGAGGCCGCUAAACGUUAUCGCUUACGCGUGAAGAAAAGCCAGGAUCAGCAACUUCAGCGCAACCACCUGCUGGAAGAGGAAAACAUUCGACUGCGUACACAGCUCGCCGAAAUGCAGCACGCUCACCGCAACUGUAGCGUAACGCGUAGUAACGGUUCCUUAAAGGUUGCCCUGGUGCAGGGUACAUUGCAAAGCUCUGCGAACGCCUCCGUUAUGCAGCAGGGUACGAGUACCGCACUGCUCAACACAAUCGAACAGCAACAACAGCAGCCGGCUCCACUGUCCGUCCCACAGCAACGAUUAAUUACAUCACACAUAAUCGAUAGUAACACGUUUAACCGUAUGCCAAUAAUCAUUUUGAUGGGAUCGACGGCCACACAACCGGCUGCGCCCGCCGUUGUGAGUGGUGGUUCAGGUAGUAGUGCCUUACAGGAUGGGAACGGGGAAACAUAAGAGUAUGUUUUUUUUUGUUUUUAAAUUCAUUUUAUUAUUAGGGGUCUUAGGUUUUCCUUGGUUAAAACCUGCCACAAAAAGGCAUUUUUUAUUUAAGUUAUCAUAAUUGAACAUAAGUAAUGGCGAUGCCGGUAUACUGACCAUACAAAUAAUGUUUUUCAUAAAUAGAAUUAAAAAUAGUCAGUAUGAAUCAAAUUAUGUUUCCUCUUGUUUCACCUAAACGCUAAGUAUUGCUAGAGAGCAAAGUUUAGAAGAUAUCUAUAUAGAUAAAAGCCGUACAAGUAAAGUAGACAUUAAAUUUCUUAGUUUAUGUCAAAACCGAUUAAUUAGGAUCAAAUUUUAAGGCACAAUGAGGUUAUUAUUUGUUUAUCUUCAAUUUUGAAAAAUCUUUAACCCUUUUCAAAAUUCGAUCAUACUAAUCAACCUGAUUAACAACAUAUAUUAGUUUAUAUCAAAGGACUUUGAAAGUCCUAGUCAUAAAGACAUUUUAGGCCGUCAACUAGUGGAUGCAAACGAUCACGUAAAGCGAUAGAAUAGUGCCUGAUUAGAAAGUACCCGAUGCUUAUUCCACACCCACCCAUCUAUCGCCUAUGGUAAUGGGACUUGCCCUCUAAUAGUUUAAUACGUAACACGUAGUGUUGCUUUGGGGAAAGAUGGGAAUAGUUAUUCAACACAUUUGUUCCUUUGUUCAACAUUGCAAACAUUGUAAUUGUUAGU